GUCCAAUGGGAGCUCGCUGAGCCCACGGCUCGAACGCGGAGCUCCAGGGGUUCUCAGAGUUGUUUGGCGUUGGUGGGGAUGAGCUGUGGCUUGAUAACGAUCAGGAGCGGUUCUCCGUCCCUGCAGCUCCAGUGAUGGCUCAUGAAGCAAUGGACUAUGAUCUUCAAGUACAGUUUGAUGGUGUUAUGGAACAGGCUGUGCCUGCUGAAAUCAGCAGCCAAAGGGGCCCACCUCUCCUUCAGCCUGCCCCUACUGAAGUGGUCACCAGCCAAGAAGAACCCCUCCUACAGCCUGCUCCUAGUGAAGUGGUCACCAGCCAAGGGGGACCACUCCAUCCACAGCCUGUUCCACCCACAUCCAUUGAGUUAACAGAGGAAGUGCAGUUCUUAGAAGAUAAUGUGGACAGCAUUGAUCCAGGAACUUCAGAAGAGCAUAGUCAGGGAUCUGAUGCCAACAAUGCUGUCCAAGCAGGCACAUCAGCUUCAAUGAACAACUUCAUCAGUGGGUUGCAGAGACUUCAUAACAUGCUAGAAAUGCUGAGACCACCACCUUCACACAACAGUGUGGGGCCAGUGAGAGCAAGGAGGAGAACAGGAUCCACUUCUCAGAGGUCAAGAGUUGGAGGGUCUCAGAGGCCAGACGGUGCCAGGUUGCGAACACCAGUGUAUGCCUACUUCCAGGUGAGCAGGUCUCAGCCUUACGUGCCAGGCACUGCUUAUGAUUCAGAGACCAGGAGUCCUCUGUCAGAUACUGAUUCUGACAGCAACAGCUCUGCGGAUCCAGAGAAUGUUGAGGCAGCAGAACCUGAGGCUGUUGCUUCAGAACAACAAGAAGCUUCGUCACCAGAGCAAGAAGUUGCAUGUGUCAGUGAAGGUGGUACCAUCCCUGAACAGUCUACUCAGAAGCCUGACAUUCUACCUUCUGUAGAUGAUGAAGAAGGGGAAAUUUGCACAAUAUGCUUGGAACAGUGGACCAGUGCUGGGGACCAUCGACCUUCAGCUUUACGCUGUGGACACAUCUUUGGAUAUAAAUGCAUUUCACAGUGGCUCAAAGGACAAGUACGAAAAUGUCCUCAGUGCAACAAGAAAGCCAAGCACAGCGACAUUGUUGUCCUUUAUACCCGAACCCUGAAAGCUGUGGACACUUGUGAACAAGAGCGCAUAAAAAGGGACUUAUUGAAGGAGCAAAGGCUCAGGAAGAAGGCUGAGUUGGAAUCUGCACAGUGCCGACUUCGACUUCAGGUCCUUACUGAUGAAUGCACUAAGCUUAGUAGCCAUGUCCAGGAUUUGGAAACCCUUAUUAUGCAACAUCGGGAUCAAGUUAUGCGGCAUUGCAAGAGCUCCCAAGCACUUCGCAGGAAAUGCUUACCCUCCAGCCAGAGCCAGCGUAAAUACAACUUCCAAAAGACCUUCAUAGUCUCUCAGACAGGAAACUGCCGAAUCAUGGCAUACUCUGAUGGUUUGAGCUGCCUGGUGGUAUCACAGCCUUCUCCUCAGGCUUCCUUCCUUCCAGGCUUUGGUGUUAAGAUGUUGAGUACUGCCAACAUGAAAAGUAGCCAGUACAUUCCUAUGCAUGGUAAGCAGAUUCGUGGAUUGACUUUCAGCAGUUGGUCCAAAGGCUUGCUGCUCUCUGCUUCCCUAGACAACACUGUUAAACUGACCAGUCUAGAAACAAAUACUGUGGUUCAGACUUACAAUACUGGACGUCCUGUCUGGAGCUGUUGCUGGUGUCUUGAUGAAAACAAUUACAUCUAUGCUGGACUGGCUAAUGGUUCAAUUCUGAUAUAUGACCUGCGAAACACAAGUGCUUAUGUACAGGAGUUAGUGCCUCAGAAAGCCAGAUGUCCCCUGGUAUCCCUGUCAUAUAUACCCAGAGCUGCCUUGGCUGCAUUUCCUUAUGGUGGGGUGCUGGCUGGAACCUUGGAGAAUGCCUCCUUUUGGGAGCUGAAAACAGACUUAAGUCAUUCACCCCAUGUGCUACCCUUGGAGCCAGGUGGCUUUAUAGACUUUCAGACAGAGAGCAGCACUCGACACUGUCUUGUGACUUACAGGCCUGAUAAAAACCAUAGUACCAUGCGAAGUGUGCUAUUAGAGAUGUCCUACAAAAUGGAUGAUUCAGGAGAGCCAGUCUGUUACUGCAAUCCUGUGCAAACAUUCUUUGGAGGACCUAGUUGCAAACUAUUGACCAAGAGUGCCAUUUUUCAAAGCCCAGAGAAUGAUGGCAAGAUUUUAGUGUGCACUGGGGAUGAAGCAUCAAAGUCAGCCUUGUUGUGGAAUGCUGACAGUGGCACAUUGCUCCAGAACCUGAUGACUGAUCAGCCCAUCUUGGACAUCUGCCCAUUUGAAGUGAACCAGAACAGCUAUUUGGCCACCUUAACUGAGAAGACUGUCCAUAUUUAUAAAUGGGAGUAACUAUGGUAUUGAGACCUUUCAGACAUUCUGCUGGUUAAUGUUAAGUGUUGUUUUCCUGCACUUAGCAACCCUGAGCAAGAUCCUGUUUUUUACCUAUAGGCUGGAGUUGGAUCAUGGUUCAUCUGAAUUAGUGUAAUUCUAGGACGCUAGGUCACUGAAACACUACAGAUUGUAUAUCUGCUAUGCCCAUCAAAAGAAUGCCUUUGUGAAUCUUGCCUUGGAAAUCUUAAGUUCUGCAGAAUCUUACAGCCCUCUCCACCAUCACUUAGGAUAUGAGGAUCCAGCAAGCAUUUGAGGGGCUGUGAUAGCCAACCAGUCUUGUUGGUUGGGCAGAUUGAUUUGAAAGUGAUACAUGAAGGCUUAUCUGGCUUGGACACAACAAGCAUGUGGAAGAGUCUUCCAUUGAACACAUGAGGGCACUGUAAUACCUUAUGUAGAGUUCAUCUUCUGGGCUUGAGUGCUUAAAACGUUUUGAUGUCUGUGUUUCUGUCUCUGUCUCCCCUCUCCUUCUCCCCCUUUGUCCCCCCUCACACACUUGCAUGCACACAUACCCCAGGUGUCUGGUAGUGUGCAUGUGGUAUCUUGUGGCAACAACAGUUGUUUCAGGUGUACAUGCUAGAAUGUGGGCAAGUCUAGUGGUGCAAGUGACUGAUAAGCUAGCUAUUUGUAGAGCAGUAGGAAAUGCUGAGUGUAUCAAUCAAGUUCAGUGCAUUGUGAGAGCUAAGGAAAAAGACCAGUUGUUUGAGCAAUAGGGAAAGACUGAUUUUGUGUGUGUGUGUGUUUGUUUGGAGACAGGGUGUCAACUAUGCAGCACUCCCUGGCUUCCCCAAGUACAAAUGUUUGAUUCCAAGUUCCUAUGAUUUACCUCCUUAAUUUUUCUGAAAGUAUUAUGAGUAAAGUGGUUAUUCUUGGGAAGGUAGUGGUUGGAGACCUUUGGAUGACAGGGAGACACUUACAAACUUCCAUUCCAGUCCUGAAUUAUCCAACAUUUGAAGGUGUGUUUCUCAAUAAAGGGCUCAAGUUGUAUUUGUCUACUUAGCCAUAGGCCACUCCACUAACCCACAGCCCACAGUAGGAUGUCUCAAGGUGUAGACAGCAUGACUGUUUGUUUUCAAAUGUCGACAAAUUUUUGGCCUUUUUAUAAAACUUCUCUUCUGGCCUACCAAACUCUUGAGUUGUUUCUGGAAUCUUCUUAUGUGCAAAGAAUUGUUAACGUAAAUUUCCACAAGAGUUCCAAGUUAUAGCUGUUCUUUUUAUUGGAACCUUCUAUUUGAAGAUUUUAAGAAUGAUUUCAAGCUUAGCAUAGUAACACACACCUUUAAUUCCAGCAUUUGGGAGACAGAGGCAGAUGGAUCCCUGUGAGUUUGAGGCCAACUUGAUCUACAUAGGGAGUCCUAGGACAGCCAGGGCUACAUUGUGGGCAGUAGCAGCAGGGGUGGGGGUAGCUUUCAAAAUGCCAGCUUCCACAGCAUGAGGAAAAGCACUUUUUUCCAGAAGAGGUUCUUUUGAUAAUUUGGUGAUUGAGGGUAGCUGCCCAGACCAGUAGCCUGUAGUUUCUGUAGCAGAAUGGGAUUUAAAGUAAGAAGACAAAGCUCAUGUAACAUGAGAUAGCCACUGAGAGAAUGAGGGUGUCAGGUUGGGGUAGGGCAGGGUUAGGAUUUGACUUGCCUUGAAGAGCAUUUAAAUAAGGCAGAUUGAUUCUCCCAAGAGUAGGAGUAAGGGGACUUGCAGCCGACCACAGAAGGUGGGUGAGUAGCAAGUCUCUCCAGUUCUUUCAUGUCUACAAUAACUUUGGGUUGGAAGGAAGAGGCACCAGGAUUGGAAUCAAACCCAGAGCCUUGCACAUGCUGUUUGCUCUAUCACUGAGCUACAUUCACAGCUUAAAUAUGUACAUUUAGGAAGCAGAUUCACAUGAUGGGCUGAUUUCUAUAAAGAAAAACUUGCUUUAGUCCCUACCCCCACCCUACCUGUAAGAAAUUUCAUCUGCAUACCCAGGUUCUAGUCUUCUGAGCAGCAGCAAGGUCUGGUUUUUAAAA